AUUACCCAGAAGUCCUAAUAACAUAUGUCUGCGCCCGUGGGAGGAAUGUUCUGUUGAUAUAAGCUGGUGCCGUUUACAUGAUUAACACCAGUGUCAGUGAUGUAAAAAGAACCUAACUAACGUUACCAGUACUGUAACAAUCAUGGCAUCUUUCUGGAGACAAUUCUCUAAGCUUGGCUCAGUCGCAAACGUUUAUGCCAAGGCAUGUGUUCAGCAUAGCAAGUUACUGGCGGUGUCGGCAAAUCGGCCUGUACUGGGAUCUUCGGAAGCACAUCAGCUCCUGCCUGUUUCAUCUGUAGUCACUCAGUCCAGAUGGGCGUCGUCCGACUCUCCACAGACUACAGAUUACGCCCCACCAUCGCCGUACAAAAACCCGGGGCCUAGAAGAUACGGAUAUGUUCCGAAAAUGUUUGCAGGAGGAGUCCUGCCAAGACAUGGAAGAAAACCUCUGCCAAUACCAACAUACAAGCAGCCUGACAAUUGGAGUACAAAGAAAGCAUUGUUUGGACAAAAUGAUUACAUUGAUAUUCUUGGUAGUGGGAACGUUCACCCUGUGGAUCUGAUGCGAGGUCCUGAAUGGCUUAUCGGCUUCAAUGGCAACGAACUUCAGCGUCUGGUGCGGCGGAUCCGUUUCCAGGGUAACAGGUUGAAGGCAUAUUACCCAACCAAGUACCUUCAGAUACAGAAACGAAUCAGCUUCCUCUACAAGAAGUAUAACCAUCAUCGCAUCUCCAAAAAUAGAUAAGCCUAGAGCAUUCUUCAUUGUAAGUCUUGUAUGCUGUUAGUGAGAUCAGGCUCAGGCCCGUUAUUUCAUCAGGUGAAACUGUAUCCUCAUCCCUGCCAAUUCUCACAUCGUUAAGUAACAAGUAAGAACAAACAUUAAGGUAUGGUUGGUCACUGCCACUAGCCCGUUGGUCCGACGCUAGUGAAAAUCAUGAGGGCUAGUUGUAUUCUUACCAGUAUGUAGUUCAUGCUGUACAUGGGUACACUACUGCUCAAAAGUAAGUGCCCUGCUUCAUCAGCAUAUCUUGUCUUAGUGAUGUAGGAAGUGAAGAUGUGAUAAUGGUUUGUGUGAAACGUGUGUGAAGUGUUGGAGAAAUGUGAAUAAUAAAGACAUUCAAAACAA